AUGGUUAGCACAGUGUUGCUAGAUGGCAGAAUACGCGACUUCCAGUUGUUAGUAGUCGACCACAGUGUCGCGGAAGGUGCUGCGCAAUUUUGUGCUGUACUUAGUAUUAGUCCAAGAAAAAUAUUACAUCUGUGUAAUAAUUCACAUAUCAAUAGACCAUUGGAUAUCAAAAAGAAGAUCAAACGUACUCGAUAUCCUGAAUACAGUAUCUGCACCAGCAACAGACGCCAAAAACGUUUUAAUAAGUACUACGACAUUACAUAUCUUAACGAAUUAGUACUGAAACAUAUGAGCGCAAAAGCAAUCAACAAUGUAAAGCGAUAAUAUAACAACUAGAUGAUCGAUAAUUCUUUGGUACAAUAAAAUGGGGAAAAUGAAGAAACUACCGAGGCCAUUUAUAAAAAUCAAGCGUCUUUCGAGAAGGAAAAAAAUGAUUCUACUGAGUCACGAAAUUAAGAAAUAUGCACACUGGAAAUGGGAACAGGACAAAAUGCACGCUAAUUUGGAGGCCACAAUAAACUUUAAUAUGCUAAAAAUUGCGGCAGACCCGCAAAUGGACAUAGAUUACGUAAGAAGCAUGUCAUUGAUGUCAAUUUAUGAUCGUAAUUACAGAAACCCCAUACAAGAAAACAUUUUCGAAGAUUCUGUGCAUAUCAGAUUCGAUGUGAUGCAUAACUUGAGUAAUUUAAGUAUCGACGACGGAAGUGAAGGCACUUGUAAUGUAAAUACGCCGCAGCAGGACAUCGGAUCAGAUAUUUUACAGAAAGCUUCUUUCCUUCAUAUAAGCGACAGUAAUGAGCCAAAUAUAUAUGACAGAAUAAGAAAUAUUGUUAUGUCAUAGAAUGUAAACAAAAUAAGGUUGUUUUAAAGGAGAUUAUA